CAGACAAUUUACUCUGAUAAAUUUGAAAAGGAUUAAAUUGGACGCUCGUGAAUAAAAUGAGUAAAGAUAUAGAUGAUGUUUUUGAUGAAUUUGGAGACAUGAAAAUAGUUGAUGAAGUAUCUUGGAGGAAAAUAACAGACGCAUGCAUGAAGGAUGGCUUUAGAGAUGGUAUUGUAGAAGGUCAAGAAGAAAAACAGCAGAAUGGUUUUAAUAUGGGUUAUGCUAAAGGUUAUCAACAAAGUUUUCCUAUUGCAAUGAUUAGAGGAGUUAUGAGAGCAUUAAGAGAGUACUUAUUUCAAAAUAGUUUAAUUGAUGCACAAGAAAUAAAUCACAUCACAAAAGAACUUCUUGGAUUAGAAAAAGAUAUUUUAGAAUUAAAUAAAGCAUCUAUUGCAACAAAAAAGAAAAAUGAAAGCAAACAAAAUGAUGAAUUACUUCUGCCAGAAAAAGAUAAUACUUUAGGUGAAGCUGAAUUGGAUUCAAAAAAGAAUCCUGAACAAGCUGGAAGUAGUUCUGAAGUAAAGGAUGUUACAAAAGAAACAGAUUCAGACUUAGAAACUAAAGAAUUAGUUGAUGCAAAUUUGAAAUGCUUAUCUGAACAGUUUGAAUCAAUUAAAAAGAGAUCAAUGCAUAUUUUGGAAAAUUUAGGAUUCACAGAACUAUGUAAUCUUAUUUGUGAUAUAUCAUGGAAUAAUAUUCAAAUUUAAUUAUUUAAAAGAAAAUUUUAUUCAAAAAUGCAGUUUGAAUGAGAAAGGCUAAAUAAAAGUACAAAAGGUAUGUUGGUGUAUUAAUAGUAAUCUAAUUCUGAUGAAAAAAGAAAGUUUUGUGUAAGGUAAAUAGAGAUGGAAUUAAUCAGCAUUAUUCUUAAUUUAACUAUAUGUUUGAUAUGUUCUUCUGAUGUUGUAAAAUAUAUAAAUUUUUCAGAUUAAUUUUAUCAAUGAAGUAUGUAUUGAUAUUUUGCUACAAAUGAGAUGCUGUUGAUGUUGUUGUUAUGUUUGUUAUAAAAAUCAAUUCUAUCCAUAGAUAUGGAAAUUGAAUGAGAUAGCUGUGAAUAAAGAUGUUUUAAUUUAUAUUUGCAAAACUUUAGCUGUAUAAUAUUACUCUAAGAAUUCAAUUUAACAUUUUAUACAAAUUGAAUUUGAUAUUCAUGUAUUUCUUUUUUAAUAUUUGAAGAUUAAUAUACAGUUAGUCGCUAAAUAUAAUUUUUAUGAAUACAUUUCUAUUUGAAAAAGUGAUUUCCAGAUUAGAAAUCUAGAGUCAAAACAUGAAAAUUUUUUUGGAAGAAUACAUACAUAAACAGGAGGUCUACAAUUUACGUCAUUAAAACUCAUUUGUUGAUUGUUUUUAUCAUUGAGUUAAAACUAUUUUUUAAAUAAUUUAAUAUUUAAAAACUAUCCAUAGUAUGAAUGUAUGAAUUUUUGUA